AUGGCGCCGAGGAAACCGACAGCAACCACAAGGAGCCACAAGGGCGCCCCUUCCAAGAGGACGCGCGAGAGGGACGUCGCUGUGCCAGAAGGCCGACCGAAACGACAGAAACCGUCAGCGGCAACCGAGAGUCUCAUCCAGGCUCAAACUGCCAGCGCUGCGCCACGAGUAUCACAUCAAUCCCAAACAGCGGCAGGACAGCGGGCCAGCAGCGCGUUGCCCAUCCUCAGCCAAAGACCCACCAAACCCUUGACCGUCUACGUUCUUGGCGCCAACAGCGGCGGCGAGUUGGGACUCGGCCCUAGCGUCAAGUCUGGGAAUAUUGGGAAACCGCGCGUGAACCCCUAUCUCUCAGAGUCGGGGGUCGUCCAAAUCUCCCUCGGUGCUAUGCAUGGCGUCGCACUUACCCAGGACAACAAGAUACUGACCUGGGGCGUCAAUGACCAUGGCGCACUUGGCCGGGACACGACAUGGGAGGAGAAUAUGGUGGAUGUCGAUGAUGACGAUAGCGACAGUGAUGACGGGGGCGACCUCAACCCAAAAGAAUCCACUCCAACAAUAGUCGACAUGGGUGCUGUGCCGCCGGACACCGUCUUCACCCAAGUAGCGGCUACCGAUAAUGCCACCUUUGCCCUGACGAGCACCGGUCGCGUUUACGGAUGGGGCAGUUUCAGGUCAGAGGACGGCAAGCUGUCAUUCACACCCACCGUCCAGGUGCAGUCCCGCCCGGCUCUGAUUCUGUCGGUCAAGGACAUUAUCAAAUUGUGCUGCGGAAGCAACCACGUCUUAGCUCUCACGGCCGAUGGCUUCGUAUACACCUGGGGCAAAGGCACUGAUGGCCAACUCGGCCGCCGCUUCUCUUCCAGGGUUGUGGACUGGAAUAAGGUCGGACUUAUCCCACGCAAGGUUGCCGAGCUUAAGGACAUCGUCGAGAUCGGAAGCGGCUCAAACCAUUCUUUUGCCAUCGAGCGCACCGGCCUAGUGUAUAGUUGGGGUUUCAACAACGCGGGCCAGGUUGGGGCCCUCGACAAAGCCGGCAACGAUGAAUCGGACCACCAGCAUACCAUCGCCAUCUCAGUUCCCACCCUCGUCAAGGGGUUGGUGGACCUUCCGCGCAUAAAACAGAUCACCGGAGGCAACUUCCACACCAUUGCCGUUACCGAGGAUGGGGGGUGUCUCACCUGGGGCCGGCUCUAUUCAUGUGCUACCGGCCUCAAGAUCGAUACCUUGCCGCCACAGUCUGUCGUCCGGGAUUCGCGGGGGCCGAGCUUCCUCGGGAUCCCGACAACGAUCCCAGGACUCCCAGCCGCAUUUGUGGCAGCUGCGAGCGAGCACAGCCUUGCGGUUGCGACCGAUCAAAGCAUUUACACAUGGGGCCUCAAUUUGACCAAGCAGAUCGCCCAGAAGGGUGAGGAGGUCGAGGUUGCGACUCGGGUUGCCCACCCCAGCGUUGCAGAUUUGCGACUCGUUUGGGCUGGCGCUGGUGCCCAGUACAGCAUGAUCGCCGAGUUUACCGUUCCGGAAUAG